AUCCCACCCCCGAGCACUGCCGGGCCAUGGCAGCCCCCGGGCAGAGCCCACUCUUCCCUCCCCACCCGCACCACAUCCCUGGCUAUGAGGGCUUCCUCCCUCAGUACAACUACCAGUUUGGAGAGACCUAUGGCAAAACCACGUACCGCCUGCUGACGGACCCACACAUCCGGAGGAGCCCUCGCUCUGUGCUGGCACCGCUGUGCAAGCCGAGGUUCAUUGAGGACUUCAGCGGGACGCAGCACGGCCUGCAGCCCUUCCUCCCUGCACACCCAGGGUUCUUCCCCUAUGACAGAGCCGGAGCUCUGACCAACUUCCCUGAAGCGGAGUUUGGGCCGAAGCCGCCCGCACCGGGGCCGGCAGAGCCCAAUCUGACGCACACGGAGCCCCAGCAUGGCCACGGCGGCUCAGGGCUGAGUGGGUGCCCACCCAGUGCGGCCUGGGACCCAUCGGGGCCACCGCAGGGACAGGAGUGGCGGCUGCCCCCAAUCCCUGAGGCCUGUGGGCAUGGCACGUGGCACAGGGCUGGCGCAGCUGCAGGAACCAGGCAGCCUGUGAGAGCUGAAGGUGUGACGCUGCCAGCAGCCGAGGAUUGGCGGCUCCCCAGGCUGGAUGUGCCCAGAGUGAUCCAGCAGAAGGUCAUCCCAGGGUACACUGGAUUCAUACCGCGCUUCAGGUGGGCCAUGGGCACUAAUUACCUGCAGGGCGUGAAGGAAGCCAUGGCUGAAUUUGACAGGCAGCAGUUGCUGGAGAGGAACCCAAUUUACAGCUUUGGCAAGAGAUUUCCCCAGACUUACUGGCCUAGCAGCAGCAUCUACACCAGCGCUGGACUGAUCCCAGCCUAUACAGGCUUCGUCCCACACCUCCGCCACACCUACGCGCUUACAUUUGGAAACAGCACCCGCAAGGCUUACCACAUGGAACAAAGGAGACGAGCCUGUGCACUGUGAAAAAUGCUUUAAUGGUGCCUGUACAGCAUUGGAAGUGACUUGAAGACAAGGAGAAGGAACACAACGCAGAGAGAAGUUUUGAAUGAAAGUUCAUACAGCUUUAAACAAAAUUUACAGGUGUCAUCUGCAUAGCUCUUACUCUGCCUCCUCCUCAGCCUCUUCCUCAAACUCCCCCUCCUCCUCAGCAGUAGCGUCCUGGUACUGCUGAUACUCAGACACCAGGUCGUUCAUGUUGCUCUCAGCCUCUGUGAAUUCCAUCUCGUCCAUGCCCUCGCCUGUGUACCAGUGCAGGAAAGCCUUGCGGCGGAACAUAGCCGUGAACUGCUCUGAAAUGCGUUUGAACAGCUCCUGGAUGGCUGUGCUGUUACCAAUGAACGUGGCAGACAUUUUCAGGCCACGAGGUGGAAUGUCACAGACCGCUGUUUUAACGUUAUUGGGGAUCCAUUCCACAAAGUAACUGCUGUUUUUGUUCUGCACGUUCAGCAUUUGCUCGUCUACCUCUUUCAUGGACAUACGGCCUCUGAAAACAGCAGCUACGGUCAGGUAGCGGCCGUGCCGCGGGUCGCACGCAGCCAUCAUGUUUUUGGCAUCAAACAUCUGCUGCGUGAGCUCCGGGACGGUCAGAGCGCGGUACUGCUGGCUGCCACGGCUCGUCAGGGGGGCAAAGCCAGGCAUGAAAAAGUGCAGGCGGGGGAAGGGAACCAUAUUCACCGCCAGCUUCCGCAGGUCGGCAUUAAGCUGGCCUGGGAAACGCAGGCAGGUGGUGACACCGCUCAUGGUGGCUGACACUAAAUGGUUCAGAUCACCGUAUGUUGGCGUAGUUAACUUCAGUGUUCUGAAGCAUAUGUCAUACAGAGCUUCGUUAUCAAUACAGUAGGUUUCAUCCGUGUUCUCCACGAGCUGGUGCACCGACAGCGUGGCGUUGUAGGGCUCUACUACAGUGUCUGAGACUUUGGGGGAGGGCACAACGCUGAAGGUGUUCAUAAUCCGGUCUGGGUACUCUUCGCGAAUUUUGCUGAUGAGCAGAGUGCCCAUGCCAGAGCCGGUGCCACCCCCCAGCGAGUGAGUGAGCUGAAAGCCCUGCAGGCAAUCACAGCUUUCUGCCUCCUUUCUCACAACAUCUAAUACGGAAUCAACUAAUUCAGCACCUUCAGUAUAGUGGCCCUUUGCCCAGUUGUUUCCUGCUCCGCUCUGACC